AUGGCAAAUGGCCACUCCCCAGUAGAGGUGACCUUGGGCGAUACACUAAUAAUCCACGCACACAACUCGCUCGACGAGCCCACAUCUCUGCAUUCGCAUGGGCUGUUCCAAAAUGGCACCAACUACUACGAUGGCGCUGCAAUGGUAACCGAGUGCUCUAUUCCUCCUAAUGGCACAUUCACAUAUCGCAUACCGAUGGUACAGGCCGGAACGUACUGGAUCCACAGCCAUUACAAGGCGCAAACUUCAGAUGGUUUACGCACUGCUUUAAUCGUGCGCGAUCCAAAUGACUACUACAAGUACGACGAAGAUGUUAUCCUUCCCAUGUCCGAUUGGUUCCGUGAGCCAGCAAACACUAUCAUCAAGCAGUUUUCAAGUCCUGAUCCCAAUGUGCGCUAUAAGCCGAUGAUCCCGUACGGCAUCAUUGGCGGCGAGUGUUUGAAUGCCAAGGUGAUCAAGUUUGUCAAGAACAAGACGUACAGGCUACGGCUGUUGAACAUUGGCGCCUCGUUUGAAUUUCACUUUAGUAUCGACGACCAUGAGCUGCGGAUCAUCGAGGUCGAUGGCGUGCCGGUCAAGGAGAAGCCAACCAAGGGAGUAAUGCUGGCAGCGGGGCAACGAGUAUCGGUGCUUGUGCGGUCCAAGGAAACAGCCGACAACAACUACUUGUUCCACGCCGACAUGUUCACGGACCUGUUCACCAUGCCCAAAUACAACCCUCUCAACUUUACCGGGGUUCUAGAAUACGCACCAAAAGCGUCGCUCAAGCGUGAAGUCAACGGCGGAUGGAAAAUUACCAGUGAUUUGGACCUCGAGCCUUUGGAUGAGGAGGCAUUAAUGGACCCCACGAUGCAAGUAACGCUCGAUGCCUACUCGGGCGUAUUUGACGAUCAGUCAUUCCGCCACUCGUUCAACAAUGUCACAUUCAUUUUGCCCGAGGUGCCUACUUUGCUUACAGCACUGUCCACUGGCGACAAUGCUAACAAGCGCGAAGUAUACGGCCGCCAGUCCAACACGUACGUGCUGAAUAUGGGUGAUGUGGUGGAGAUUACAUUGAACAACCACGAUUAUUAUACGCACCCAUUCCAUCUGCACGGGCAUGUGUUCCAGAUACUGGCUCGCGAUGCCCCAGUCAAGCGUGACACGUUUAUCCUGCGUGGCGGCCACUAUGCUGUUCUGCGCUUCCGCGCCAACAAUCCUGGAGCAUGGCUAUUUCACUGCCAUAUUGAGUACCAUGCGAUUCGUGGCCUUGAGCUUACCUUUGGGCUCAAGGAGAACUGCAUUGCACAAGGAAUCAAGGCUUCAGGCAAUGCCAUUGGCCGCGACGGCAUGGAUCUGGAAGACACCGAAGCUGAUAGCGAUGAUGACGACGAUAACGAUCACUAAUUCAGUAAAUGCUAAAUCCAAUAUAAC